GCCCGCCGCAGCCGCCGCCCUGCGGAGCCGCCGGGACACGCAGCCGCUGCCAUGGACGACAUCUUCACGCAGUGCCGGGAGGGCAACGCGGUGGCCGUGCGGCUGUGGCUGGACAACACCGAGAACGACCUCAACCAGGGGGACGACCAUGGGUUCAGCCCCCUGCACUGGGCGUGCCGCGAGGGCCGCUCCAACGUGGUGGACAUGCUCAUCAUGCGCGGGGCCCGCAUCAACGUCAUGAACCGCGGCGACGACACGCCGCUGCACCUGGCCGCCAGCCACGGCCACCGCGACAUCGUGCAGAAGCUGAUGCAGUUCAAGGCAGACAUCAAUGCAGUGAACGAGCACGGGAACACGCCGCUGCACUAUGCCUGCUUCUGGGGACACGAGCAGGUGGCUGAGGACCUGGUGGGCAGCGGGGCCCUGGUCAGCAUUGCUAACAAAUAUGGUGAGACGCCCACAGACAAGGCCAAGACACCACUGCGUGAGAUCCUGAAAGAGCGUGCUGAGAAGCUGGGCCAGAGCCUCACCAAGAUCCCCUACAAGGACACGUUCUGGAAGGGCACAACCCGCACCCGGCCCAGGAAUGGGACCCUGAACAAACUCGCUGGGAUUGACUUCAAACAGCUGAGCCUGAGCCACAAACUGAACGAGAACCAGUCGGGAGAGCUGUGGAAGGGGCGCUGGCAGGGCAAUGACAUCGUAAUCAAGAUGCUGAGGAUCCGGGACUGGACGACGCGGAAGAGCCGGGACUUCAACGAGGAGUACCCAAAACUGCGGAUCUUUUCCCACCCCAACGUGCUGCCGGUGCUGGGUGCCUGCCAGGCCCCUCCAGCUCCCCACCCCAUUGUCAUCAGCCACUGGAUGCCCUACGGCUCCCUGUACAACGUCCUGCACGAGGGAACCAAUUUUGUGGUGGACCAGAUGCAGGCGGUGAAGUUCGCCUUCGACAUCGCGCGGGGCAUGGCCUUCCUGCACACGCUGGAGCCCCUCAUCCCGCGGCACCACCUCAACAGCCGCAGCGUCAUGAUCGACGAGGACAUGACGGCACGCAUCAGCAUGGCCGACGUCAAGUUCUCCUUCCAGUGCCCGGGGCGGAUGUACGCCCCGGCCUGGGUGGCUCCCGAAGCCCUGCAGAAGAAGCCAGAGGAGAUCAACCGGCGCUCGGCUGACAUGUGGAGCUUUGCUGUGCUGCUGUGGGAGCUGGUGACACGUGAGGUGCCCUUCGCUGACCUGUCCAACAUGGAGAUCGGCAUGAAGGUAGCACUGGAGGGGCUGCGUCCCACCAUCCCCCCCGGCAUCUCCCCCCACAUCUGCAAACUGAUGAAGAUCUGCAUGAACGAGGACCCGGCCAAGCGCCCCAAGUUCGACAUGAUCGUGCCCAUCCUGGAGAAGAUGCAGGAGAAGUAGGGAGGAGGCGCCUGCUCCCUCCAGUGCUGCCUUGCGCCCCCCGCCACCCCAAGUGCCUUUAGCCCCAGAGUCAGGGGGAGCAGAGGACACCCCUCACCCUGAGCCAGCCACGGACACACGGUACAGAUGGCACUGCCUGCGCUGGAGCUCUGCAGGCCCCGGCCCCCCACCCGGGGCAGCCCCCCCAGCCCGGGGCACGCGCGUGGCCUGGCCCUGCUGCGGGGGGACGGGGCUGUGGGGCCCCCUGUCCCCCUCGCUGGGCAAAGCCUGACCCAGGACUCAGCCCCCCAAGGCUGGGGGGCAAGGGCAGCCCAGGAGAGGCCACCUGUGGUGCCCAGCACUGCCCCCGCUUCGCGCUUCACUGGCCACUUCCCUCUGGCCCCAGAAUGGCCUCUGGCAAGCCAAUAAACCUUUGGUAUGGAA